UGGGGCGGGCUCUCACCCAAUCACCCCUGUGGUGCCCUGGGGUUGGACUUUAAAUAAUUCAUGAUUUAAGUGGUGGGAGCCCAGCCUGGAGGCGAGGGGCUGGCGGGUUCCAAGACCCAGGCGGGAGCUGGACGGGAGCGAGAUGUUACUUUGAGUGAAUGACCUCCUUGGAGACCAUUCUUCUGCUCCCCUUCUUACCAGCCAGGAGGCAGAAGAUUCCACAGGUCCAGGAAAGACAUAAUUCCCUUGAGCUUCCAGAAAGUACCUUAUGCCUGGGGGAUCAGGCCAACUAUGGCUCUCGUAUUCAGUGUCCUGCUGCUACUGGGGCUGUGUGGAAAGAUGGCUUCAGGAGGUCAGCCUGCAUUCGAUAACACUCCCGGGGCUUUGAAUUAUGAAUUGCCUACCACAGAAUAUGAGACCCAAGACACCUUCAAUGCUGGGAUUAUUGACCCUCUCUACCAAAUGGUGCACAUCUUCCUCAACGUGGUCCAGCCGAAUGACUUCCCUCAAGAUUUGGUCAAAAAACUCAUACAGAAGAGGUUUGACAUCUCGGUUGAUACCAAGGAGCCAGAAAACAUAGUCUUGGCUUUGAAGGUCGCCAUCUAUGAAAUUGGAGUUCUUAUCUGCGUCAUCCUGGGCCUGCUGUUCAUUUUCCUCAUGCCCCUGGUGGGCUUCUUCUUUUGUAUGUGCCGUUGCUGUAACAAAUGCGGCGGAGAAAUGCACCAGCGGCAGAAGCAGAACGAGUCGUGCCGGAGGAAGUGCUUAGCCAUCUCCCUCUUGCUGAUUUGUCUGCUCAUGAGUCUUGGCAUCGCGUUUGGCUUUGUGGCCAACCAGCAGACAAGGACUCGGAUCCAAAGGACCCAGAAGCUGGCAGAGAGCAAUUACAGAGACUUGCGGGCUCUCCUGACUGAAGCCCCAAAGCAAAUCGACUAUAUUCUGGGGCAAUACAACACAACCAAGAACAAGGCAUUCUCAGACCUGGACAGUAUCGAUUCCGUGCUGGGAGGCAGAAUAAAGGGCCAACUAAAACCCAAAGUUACUCCUGUUCUCGAAGAGAUUAAGGCCAUGGCAACAGCCAUUAGACAGACCAAGGAUGCCCUGCAGAACAUGAGCAGCAGUCUGAAAAGUCUACGUGACGCAAGCACCCAGCUCAGUACCAACCUGACGUCUGUGAGAAACAGCAUCGAGAAUUCACUCAACAGCAACGACUGUGCUUCAGACCCAGCCAGCAAGAUCUGUGAUAGCCUCAGACCACAGCUGAGCAAUCUGGGGAGCAACCACAACGGAAGUCAGCUCCCAUCAGUGGACAGGGAACUCAACACCGUUAAUGAUGUCGACAGAACCGAUCUGGAGAGCCUCGUCAAAAGGGGGUAUAUGUCGAUUGAUGAAAUACCCAAUAUGAUACAAAACCAAACUGGGGAUGUCAUCAAAGAUGUCAAAAAGACCUUGGAUUCUGUUAGCUCCAAGGUUAAGAACAUGAGCCAAAGUAUUCCUGUCGAGGAGGUGCUGCUUCAGUUCUCCCACUACCUUAAUGACAGCAACAGGUACAUCCACGAGUCGCUGCCCAGAGUGGAAGAAUAUGACUCAUACUGGUGGCUGGGUGGCUUAAUAGUCUGCUUCCUGCUGACCCUCAUUGUGACUUUCUUUUACCUGGGCUUGCUGUGUGGUGUGUUUGGCUAUGACAAGCGUGCCACCCCAACCAGAAGAGGCUGCGUGUCCAACACUGGAGGCAUCUUCCUCAUGGCUGGGGUUGGAUUCAGCUUCCUUUUUUGCUGGAUAUUGAUGAUCCUUGUGGUUCUUACUUUUGUUGUUGGUGCAAAUGUGGAAAAGUUGCUCUGUGAACCUUAUGAAAACAAGAAAUUACUACAGGUUUUGGAUACUCCCUACCUGCUCAACGAUCAAUGGCAAUUCUAUCUCUCUGGCAUACUACUCAAAAACCCAGACAUUAACAUGACCUUUGAGCAAGUCUACAGGGAUUGCAAAAGAGGUCGAGGAGUGUAUGCCACUUUUCAGCUUGAGAAUGUCUUCAACAUCACUGAGAAUUUCAACAUUGAGAGGCUUUCUGAAGACAUAGUGAAGGAGUUGGAAAAGCUGAAUGUGAACAUUGACAGCAUCGAACUGUUGGACAAAACAGGAAGGAAGAGCCUCGAGGACUUUGCACAAUCUGGGAUAGAUAGAAUCAAUUAUUCCAUGUACUUACAGGAGGCUGAGAAACCCCCUACCAAAGUGGACCUGCUGACAUUUGCCUCUUUUCUGGAAACAGAAGCAAACCAGUUGCCUGACGGAAAUCUGAAACAGGCCUUCUUAAUGGAUGCACAGAACAUUCGAGCCAUCCACCAGCAGCACGUCCCUCCUGUGCAGCAGUCACUGAAUUCAUUAAAACAAAGUGUCUGGGCCCUUAAGCAAACAAGCAGCAAGUUGCCGGAGGAAGUGAAGAAGGUCCUUGCCUCUUUGGAUUCUGCUCAGCAUUUCCUCACCAGUAACCUCUCCUCCAUCGUUAUUGGAGAAACAAAGAAGUUUGGGAGAACAAUAAUAGGCUACUUUGAACAUUAUCUGCAAUGGGUCUUGUACGCCAUCACAGAGAAGAUGACAUCCUGCAAACCCAUGAUUACAGCAAUGGACUCUGCUGUUAAUGGCAUUCUGUGUAGCUAUGUUGCUGACCCUCUGAAUCUGUUCUGGUUCGGCAUAGGGAAAGCCACCAUGCUCUUACUUCCGGCUGUAAUCAUCGCUAUCAAGUUGGCCAAGUACUAUCGCAGGAUGGAUUCAGAGGAUGUAUAUGAUGAUGUUGAGACUGUACCCAUGAAAAAUUUGGAAAACGGUAGUAAUGGUUAUCAUAAAGAUCAUUUAUAUGGUGUUCACAAUCCUGUUAUGACAAGCCCGUCUCGAUACUGACAACUGAAGUGGAAAUUGCUUGAACAUCAAGAUAGCUAACUCGGAAAGAAUCCCAGACUUUGGAUAGUUUCUGAGUCUUCUAGAAUUUUCCAAGAAGAAACCAUGGUGGCAAAUGCGGAGACUCGGGCGGGCACUGGGAACACAGCACAGUGGUCUUAGGGAGGUGCUUUGUCAGGAAUGAACAGUCAUGGUUAUAAUCCACGUUUCCAUUGCUACUCACGAAUGAUUCUCUUCUGUUUUGUUUUUAAAAUUUUUUUACACUGAAUUUCUAUUUAGACACUAAAACAUAUAGGGGUGCUUGUCACCCGGAUACAUUUAUCUGUGAGCCAGCUAUUCGGAUGUCAUGGCUGGGUACCUAACUUACUUCCAUAUGUGAAGUGUGCUAAACUCAAACCAGUUUACAGAAACGAUGUAUUUUGUGUAUAGUAAAUUGUAUAUUCACCCUUUUACCACGGCCGGUUUUUUAAACAAAUGAAUACUCUAGAUUUUUCUUCCAAAUGAGGUUACUGUUGGGGUGGGGUUGACUUAGUGAUGCUGUAGAAGGGAAUCCGCAUGCACUAAAAAGUGUGUCUGCCUAAAAGUGUGUACAGCAGGCACAACCUUCCUUGUGGAUUUCCGUCUGCUCACUGCAGAUCUGCCUGUGGUUUAGAAAUAGAAUUCAAGAGCCAUCAAGGAGUGACCAGCUUGACACCACUGCCAAAUUCAGAAUGAGGAACCUUGAGAGAAGGAACUGUCGCUCAGCCAGAAGCAGAUGAAGCCACUGGUCCUGGUUCACAGUUUAGUGUCAUGCUCUGGUUUAUAAGGAUGGGCAUUACGUUCGGUGUUAUCUGGUUAUCUGCGAGAUUCUAAACCGAGGUGCAAGAGCUCCUAUCCUGAUUCUGAGAUUUGAAAUAAAGCAUGAAUGAACAAA